UUGACCACUACCAAAAAGGAACACUGAGCAGCUGGAAUUGGGAAAAUAUAUACAGUAUAUAUAAAUAUCCCUUGUAUGUAAAUGUUUUAUCUAAAGGCAAUGAUAGAAUUUACUCGAAUUUAGUUCGCCUUUACAAAAUUUCUUCUUACUAUUUUAAUGGAGGUCACUGAACAGUUAAUUCCUCAGCAAUUUAACACUGAUAAAGAGGAAUCAGCUGAAGUGACGUUUAUUAGGUCAAGGAAGUCAACUAAAAUAGCUAUGGAGAAAUUAAAGGGAAUUAAUCAGCAAAUGGCUGAAUGGGAUGAAGAAGACAAAAAUAGAGGUAGAAAAAGAAGGGGUAAAAAUGAGAAAAUUGGGAGUGAAAAAAAGUGUAAAAGCCAGAAGCUUGAGGGAGAAGAAACAGUAGAAGCAGGAUCAGAAUCUGGAAGAUAUUCUAUGCUGAAAUCAAAUAUCAGAAACAGAAAGAGGAAGGAUGAAAAUGGGAAUGAGAUUGAAUCAAAUAUGUGUCAUCAGUGCCAGAGGAAUGACAAAGGGAGGGUUGCUCGUUGCACCAACUGUAGAACAAAGCGAUAUUGUGUUCCUUGCAUGACCAGAUGGUACCAUGGGAUGCCUGAGGAGGCUUUUGCCGAGUCUUGUCCUGUUUGUCGUCAAAUCUGUAAUUGCAAAGCAUGCUUACGCCUAGAUGGGCCUAUAAGGGCUUUGAAGAAUUUACGAUUUGAGAUAAGUGAAGAAGAAAAGGUUCAGUAUUCAAAAUUUAUCUUGCAAAAACUUUUGCCUCUCUUGAGAAGAAUCAUUGCAGAGCAAGUGAUGGAGAUGGAGAUUGAAGCUAAGAUUCAAGGAAUACGAGUGUCAAAUUUAAAGCUGCAGAAGGAAAAGUGUCAUAGGAAUGAGCGCGUGUACUGCGACAACUGCAAAACAUCCAUUGUUGAUUUUCACAGAUUUGUUCCAGCUGUUCGUAUGAUCUUUACCUUACUUGUUGCCGGGAGCUUAGAGAUGGUCAUCUUAAGGGAGGUGAAGAAGUCAUCAUCGAAUUCACAGACAAAGGGGAUGCUUAUUUGCAUGGUGAUAUGACAGCUAUAAAUAGAACUUCAAGAAGGAG